AUGUCGCCACCAACCGAGACUUGUGCUGCAUGUGCGAAACCUUUACCCAAAAGAGAAUAUCUACGUUGUUGUAAUUGUAAAGGAGUUUAUGACAUUGAAUGUCUAAAUAUAAGCAGUAAACGCUUUUAUUCUUUUUAUUCGUUUAAUAAGGAGCGGAAAGAUAAUUGGAAAUGCCUUUCAUUUGUGAGCAAACUCCCGCGAACGAAUAAUUUGAAUACACCAGUGCGUACUGCUGAGUCUGAAAUUUCUAGUCCCCCGACUUUGGUUGUCUCACCAGAGAACUCGAAUGUGGCAGUCCGCGGCAAACCACCUACAAAAAAUACUCAGGACAAGAACAUUCAUGAAGAGGACAGCAUCAUCAUGGAGAAUAUUAUGUCAGAAUCGCUCGAUGAAGGUACAGCUAUGGACUUCAAACUGCUUCUUGGUGAAAUGAAGGCAAUCCGUGCUGAGAUGCGCUUGUUCCGUAAUUCUAUGACAGAUCUUAUGACUGCCAUUAAGAUGCAAAGCAGCCGCAUUGACUCCAUCGAAACCAGAAUAUCAGCCUUAGAAGACAAGUCAAAAGGCUUACAACGCUGUGAAGUUUCGACUUUGGAAGAGACAGUGUCACAGUUGAAGUCACAAAUAUUGGAACGUGACCAAGACUUACUCGCUAAUGAUAUCCAGAUGCGGGAUUCCCUGAAACCAGUGACUUAUACGUUUUCUAUACAAUAUUAUUACCAAUACGUAAUAGCACACGAGAAAACUGUCACAGUUGGAAAUAUUUUCCAAAGCGGACAAGACAGCCAGGCAAAACAAUGA